AUGGUUGGGUUUACAAUUUAAUUAAGUUUAUAUUGAAAGCCUAUAAUACAUUUCAAAACGUUAUCUCCAUUAUCUUUUGCGAAUUGCCAGUCAAAGUAUUGAAUAACGCAUGAGCGACCGCGGAUUAUUGUUGUGAAACAAAGGUGAAAUAAAUUAAUGCUAUUACUAAAGAACACAGGAUUUAUCUCAAACGAUUGAUAUUAUUGCCAUUUGAAUCACAAAAUAAUAGAUAUGAUCGAUGAUAUUAUUACCUCGUGCUUGACAUAUUGUUAUGAAUCUUUUGAAAAUUAAAUAAAUUAUAUCAUCAAAAUUUUGUCUAUUACUAAAGAACACAGGAUUUAUCUCAAACGAUUGAUAUUAUUGCCAUUUGAAUCACAAAAUAAUAGAUAUGAUCGAUGAUAUUAUAACCUCGUGGUUGACAUAUUGUUAUGAAUCUUUUGAAAAAUAAAUAAAUUAUAUCAUCAAAGUUUUGUCUAUUACUAAAGAACACAGGAUUUAUCUCAAACGAUUGAUAUUAUUGCCAUUUGAAUCACAAAAUAAUAGAUAUGAUCGAUGAUAUUAUAACCUCGUGGUUGACAUAUUGUUAUGAAUCUUUUGAAAAAUAAAUAAAUUAUAUCAUCAAAGUUUUGUCUAUUACUAAAGAACACAGGAUUUAUCUCAAACGAUUGAUAUUAUUGCCAUUUGAAUCACAAAAUAAUAGAUAUGAUCGAUGAUAUUAUAACCUCGUGGUUGACAUAUUGUUAUGAAUCUUUUGAAAAAUAAAUAAAUUAUAUCAUCAAAGUUUUGUCUAUUACUAAAGAACACAGGAUUUAUCUCAAACGAUUGAUAUUAUUGCCAUUUGAAUCACAAAAUAAUAGAUAUGAUCGAUGAUAUUAUAACCUCGUGGUUGACAUAUUGUUAUGAAUCUUUUGAAAAAUAAAUAAAUUAUAUCAUCAAAGUUUUGUCUAUUACUAAUGAACACAGGAUUUAUCUCAAACGAUUGAUACUAUUGUCAUUUGAAUCACAAAAUAAUAGAUAGGAUCGAUGAUAUUAUUACCUCGUGCUUGACAUAUUGUUAUGAAUCUUUUGAAAAAUAAAUAAAUUAUAUCAUCUAAGUUUUGUUUUCAAGUUUCUCUUGACCAUUAUGGAUGACUCUGCUCUUGGAGUAAAUUCACUUUAUAAUCUAACAGUACAACAGAUAUGUCAAUCCAUGGACGAAAAUACACUGGUAUAUGUGAUGAAGUCGUUUCACCCAGCGAUAAGUUUAGAUAUAGUGUGGAAGAUGCUGCAUGUAAACGAUGACAGUCAAAAUUUUGAGUAUAAACAUACAUUGCCAUAUGAACAUAAGAACUAUUCACAGACGACUUUGUCAAUGGACCGAGGAUAUAGACUUGCUACAUCGAGUCCUGACGUUGAAACCAUUCCUAAUGAGCAAUUGCAUAAAAGUCUAUUGAAAUUUGCAGAAAACCAACAAACUAAAUUUAUUGAUAAUUUCAAUUUUUCUGAUCACUUUGACUUGGAAUUGUUAUUUAAAUUUAUGGAAGUCACUAUUUCUCGAGGACAACUGUUUACAAUAUUCCAGAUUUGUGUACAAAUAAAAGGAUUACAAUUUCCAAAGAAUUUAUCACAAGAAUGGAUACAAAUUGAAAUUGAUGAUAAUGAUCAGAAAAUAAUUUUUCGUCAUAUUGAACAAGGUCUUAAACUAGGAAUUUUUCUUGGUGAUGCCGGUUGGCUGAAUGAGUCUGCUCAAGUCUUAUCACAUACACAUAAAAUAAUGAAUACAAAAUGGGAAUGUUUUGAUCAAAAUUUAAAACUGCUCAAAAAUAUACAAUGCUUGACCAAGUGGUUAUUUGUGUUAUCCAAGAUCCAAAACUUCAUUGAAGCAAAGAAAGUUUUUAAACUUAUGUUAUUCACUCUUAGUGUCUUUGAAAACAUGAAAGAAAAAUCAUUGUGUAUAGCAAAUUCAUAUGUGGCUGUUUCACAGUACUUCUAUCUAUUAAUGGAAUUUGAUGAGGCUUGGUCAUGGGCAGUAAAAGCUACCGAUGAACUUGGAGAUAACAGUAGCACUGUAUUAAAAAUGUCAGUCAUAAGUCAUGCAAUUAAGAUUUCUUCCAUUUUAAAAAAAUUUGAUACAGCGAAAAGGUUAAAAAAUCAAUUGGACACAUACGAUAAACAAAUUUCUCAGCUCAUUCAUAUUAAUAUGUUAUCAAAUGAAGCAAUCUUCUUAUCAAAAGAAAAAAAACCAAUAGAAAGUAGUAAACGUUCCUAUAUGGCAAUAGACUCUACACGAAAUUUAUUUGGUUAUUACAAUUUGAAUACUGCAAUUAUUUUGUCUGAAUUUGCAUAUUCUCGGUUUUUAUGUUUUAAAUCAGCGACAUACUAUACACAAUCCAUGCAGAGCUUACAACAAGCCAUAUAUAUCAUGGAAAAAAUUGGUUUACCAAUUAAAAAUGUGUUAUUUUUGAAUACUAUUCGAAUAAAAGCAUUAAUUAUAGAAAAAACAGUAUCUUACAUGAGCAGAGAACCAUUUGCUCAAAAUAAUGGUUUGGGACCAAUGAAUAACGGAGAAAGACAAAGUGAUUUAGCAAAAUGGAGAGAUAAUAUAUUAGAUGAUGCUGAGAUGCUCCAUAAAAAAAUUUUACAUUAUACUUCAAAUGUUGCACCUAAAUUCAUGCUUGCAGCAAAAUCAUACACUAAUCUUGGUAGUAUUUCUAAAAUGCAGAAAAGGUAUAAGAGAUCUGAAUUAAUGUAUUUAAAAGCUAUUGGACUCAAAGAAACAAUAUUGAAUGAAAAAUGCGAAGAACUUGCUCAAAUUUAUAGUGACGUGUACUCAAAUAGCUCAAAUAAAACAAAGAUGAACAUCGAACAUGUAAUAAAAUCAUCAGAAAUUUUUUUAACCUUCUAUGGUUAUCAUUACAAAGAGGUUCAGAAUGAUUUGGAAGUAUUGAAAAGAGUUAGUAAAAAACUAAAGAAAAUUGAUGAUUUUAAUGAAUAUAAUACUGUUAUGGACAACUCCUUUGCUUCACGAACAGCUGGUUUAUGUUACAUGUUCGGUUUAAUUGAUGAUGAACUUGUAGAAUUUAGUUUAAGUAUGGAAGCAAUUAAAUCAAUAUUAAAUACUAACUAUAAUCUUGAUUUGUAAUUAAUUUAAAUGUAAGAAUAAUUUUAAAAUCAUUAAUUAAGAGAAAAUUAUAUCUGCCUGUUAAGUCUCCAUCUUAUUAAUGUAUAUCAUACUAAAAUUUCAGCAGUUACAAUUUUGUGUGUGCUUAACUUCAAUAUUACAAUGAGAUGACUAAGUUAAACAUAUUAUUUUAAAAUGCUCAUAACUUGCUUUAAAAUUAUAAUAUUAAUAAAUUCAUAUGAGAUGCCCUAUAUAAUAUUUUUCCUUUAAGUUUGAUAACAGGUAAAUAUAAAUUGUAAUAUUAAAGCUAACAACAUGAGUGUGAUGAACAUUUGAGUGAACACAAAUUUUCUACUUCAUACAUUAGUACGACAGAAACGAUACUCAUGGGUAAAGCAUUUUCUAAAUAAAUAGUAAUACAGAUUUGUGUUAACACAUUUAUACAAUCAGUUGAUUGUACUAAAUUUUUUUUAUAACUAUUAUUUUAUAACCAAAUCAAUGUACUUUUGUAAUUACUUAAAGACAAAGAUAUAUUUUA